AUGAGACUUGACUCCUGACAGAUUUUUUUUAGAUAUUAGAAAGAAAAAGUUCAAUGCUAAAAAGUUUAUAAAUUGAAAUGGAAAAAAAAACAUUACUUAUCACUGGUGGAGCAGGUUAUAUUGGAAGUCACACAACAGUUGAGUUUAUCAAAGCAGGGUUUGAAUGUGUGAUUGUUGAUGACUUUUCAAAUUCUUCUGUUGAAAGCAUUAAACGCCAAGAAAUUAUCACAGGUAUUGAAAAAAUUCAAUACUAUGAAGUUAACAUUUUAGACAAAGAAAAGCUUUCUGAAGUAUUUAUGAAACAUAAAUUUGAAGCAGUUAUACAUUUUGCUGGUUAUAAAGCUGUUGGUGAAUCUGUGAAGGUACCUCUUAAAUAUUAUCAAAAUAAUAUCUCUGGAACAUUAGUACUUUUGGAAUGCAUGAAAGAGCAUAAUGUAAAUAAGAUUAUUUUUUCUUCCUCCUCUACUGUUUAUGGUGAGCCCCAGUUUCUUCCAUUAACAGAAAAACACCCUCUUGGGGGAUGCGCAAAUCCUUAUGGGACAACUAAAUAUAUGAUUGAGCUAAUUUUGAAAGAUUUGUGCAAUGCUGAUACUAACUUUCACUGUAUCAGUUUACGUUAUUUUAAUCCUGUGGGGGCUCAUGAAUCAGGUUUAAUUGGAGAAGAUCCACAAGAUAUUCCUAAUAAUCUUAUGCCAUAUAUUACACAAGUUGCUGUUGGUCGUCUAAAUGAGCUCAGUGUGUAUGGAAAUGAUUAUAACACACCUGAUGGCACUGGGGUGCGUGAUUAUAUUCAUGUUGUAGACCUUGCACUCGGCCACGUAGCAGCUUUAAAUAAAAUAAUUCUUAAGCCUCAAGGUUAUCAAGCAUACAACCUAGGUACUGGAAAUGGAAUUUCCGUUUUAGAAGUAAUAAAUGCCAUGAAUAAAACUCUUAACAGAGAGCUACCUUACAAAUUUACUCCUCGUCGAUUAGGAGACAUUGCUUCAAACUAUGCAGAUUGUUCUUUGGCUGCAAUUGAGUUAGGUUGGAAAGCAGACAGGGAUAUUAAUAAAAUGUGUGAGGAUUCAUGGAGAUUUCAAAGUAAAAACCCAAUGGGGUAUAAUGUUAAAUAAGCUUUAUAUUUGGCUUUUCAUAGUUUGUAGAAUUUGCAGGAGUAAUUUUAUUGUUUAAUUUUGUUUAAAAUAGUUUAUUUAAAUUAUUUAUGGUGUUUUAUUUUAAAUUUUAUUGUAAAUGUUUGAACACAUACAUUAUAAAGUUUUGUUUUGUUCUUUUAUUUACUUUCUCUAUUUUUUGCAGACUUAAAAAUUAAUUCAACUUAAAAUAUAUUCAAUAUCAAUAAAUUAUAUUUCUUUACGAGUUUUUAAUAAUGAUUUUUAUAUGAUGUAUUGAUGUAAUGUUUAAAAGCACUUUAUUUAAAUUUAUAUACAUUCAAAAUUCUUAUU